AUGACUCCCCCUUCAAAAACCGAGGUUCAGGCUGCUAUUGGCCAAUACAUCAAGGAGCUGGCAGAGCCUCUGCGAGAGUUGAAUCGGAAGUGGCAGAUUCAUGAAAAUCCCGAGUUGGCAUAUGAAGAACACCACUCACACGAUGUAAUCUGCGAAUUCCUUGAGGCUCAGAAUAUCCCCGUGAAGCGACAUGUCUAUGGACUCAAAACAGCCUUUGAGGCUAUCGUUGGUGACUCGAACGGUCGCUGUGUGAAUUUUAACGCCGAAUAUGAUGCCCUUCCUGGUAUUGGACAUGCCUGUGGCCAUAAUCUCAUCGCUACCGCCAGUGUAACCGGAUUCAUGGCCCUCGCAUUUGCGAUUCAAAAAUUCGGUCUUUCUGGUCAAGUUCAGCUUCUCGGAACGCCCGCUGAGGAGGAUGGUGGCGGUAAAGUUGACCUUAUCCGCGCAGGUGCCUUCAAAAAUGUGGACGUAUCUUUGAUGAUGCACCCGAUGGCCGAGGAUGAGUUCUCCAAAGAGAAGGUUUUAGGAAUUGGCGGUCGAUCAACCAUCGCCUGCUUUGACAUCACCGCAGCGUAUCAUGGUGUCAGUGCACACGCGGCCGCAAAUCCCUGGGAGGGCGUGAAUGCGCUCGACGCCCUGGUGUCAGCUUACAACAACAUCUCCAUGCUUCGCCAGCAGAUCGGACCAGACGAAAGAAUCCACGGUGCUAUCAUGCAAGCGCCGAAAGUGACUAAUGCAAUUCCCGAGCUCACGCGUACCAAGUACACAAUUCGGAGUCGCACCCAGAAGGGAGCGCGUGCACUGGGUGAGCGUGUUCGCAAGUGCCUAGAUGCAGGCGCUCUAGCCACUGGAUGCAAAGUUGAGCUGGAGGAAACCCAGAUGUAUGCAGAUUUGGUUGUUAUCCCUCCAUUGUGCGAGGGCUACCAGGAAUCCAUUGGAGAUUUGGGAGUUCACGUCGCGGCUUGUGAUGAUACUCUUAUGCCAGGAUCGACCGACCAGGGAAAUGUUUCCCAGGUCGUUCCAGCUCUCCAUGCUUUGGUUGGUAUCCCCGUCACGGACGGAGCACACAAUCACACUCGGCAAUUCACUGCUGCGGCGGGUACGGAUGAAGCACAUGAGCGCUCGGUCACUUCAGGGAAGGCUAUGGCGAUGACAGGCUGGAAGCUCCUCGUCGAUGAUCAAUAUUAUGGCAAAGUUCGCCAAUCUUUCGACGAAAUUAUGGGGUAA